AUGCGUGGGCUCGUGUGGAUUGUGAUUCAGCUUGCGCUCCUGUGUGCGCCUGCACUCGUGUGCGCGAGCGAUGCGCCGCUCAUGGCGUUCAUGUCGCCACGUGCACAGACCAACGUUCUUCGCGCCCCGGCUCCGGGCGCCCUCGCCCAGCGCGGACCCCAAGUCUCGGCGGACCACGCGGUGAAGCGCCUGAUGCACCACUGCGACUCGGCGGGUGUGCCGGAGAUGUGCGGUAUGGAUGCGCUCGUGCAUCUCGAGGUCGACUCGCUCGACUCCAAAUCGUUUACCAAGCUCAUGGGCAACCAGCCCCUCUCGCUCCGGAAGCGCGUGCUCGAGUCCCAAUACCAGAUGGUGCUCCCGGCCAUGGACCAGAGCGAGUCGAGCUUCGGCGAGAGCCUCCUGAAGGCGAUCCAUGCGCAGUGCAGCGGAUGGCGCACCGCGUCGCGUCUCGCCGACGCGGACGCCGAGCAGCCGACGCUGUUCAAGAUUAGCACGAGCAACCUGCAGGAAAAGGAAUCGGAUAUCACGGCUACGCUCCUCGAGCUCGACGAGGCAUACCCUUCGCACGUCGUCGUUGUGAGCGCUGCGCAGCCGCACAUGCUCAACAAGCGCCGCAUCCCGGUCAAGCCGGAGCAGCUGCAGUCGCACGGCAAGUUCCUGGAGCGGUACCAGCUCUUUAACACUACGACGGUGCUCUCGAUCGGCGUUGCUUCGCUCCUGAUCUUUUUCUCUUUGAUCGCGGUGAUGAUGAUCGCUGGCACCGAGUCGCCUGAUAAGCUCGGCGCCAAGACGGGUGUCUCCCAGGAGAAGAAGCGCCAGUAG